CACCCUUACCUUUGUCAUGUUUAGUACUGGGAGUUUGGGGAUUAUCUCGGUCACUAAUCAUAACUGAGGGAGAAGAGCAAAUAUCGAGCAGAGGGUAGUGGUGUGUGGCGCCAGAGAUGUCGGGCCGUGAGAGAAUAUAAUACAAAUUGGAAUACAUGAAGUGUGUUGGCCACUAAUACUUACUGGACAGGUUGCUAGUACUGUGUGGAUGAGAUUUUGGGCAGCAAGCUGGAGGGAGCAGCGGCCAGCCUCCUCCUCCCUGGCUCGUGGCCUGGCGUGAGGAAAUGCCACACCUUAAGCUGCUACUCUAAAUGGAGUAAGCGAGGAGCCAGACGGACAGGAAAUUGCAGGAGCAGCGAUGAUUGGGCCGUGUUGUGGACACCUGCCUGGCUGACCUGAAAGAAAACGAUCGAGGUGGUGAAGAUGGUGCGGCGGUGAGGAGACUUGAACGAUGUCUGAGGAAGGGAUCCCAGAGCGGUGGGCGGCCGGGUGUCCUCUCUCUGUGUGUACUCUGGGGCUCGCUGACAGGGUGUAGGUGUCUACACUUACUGAUGCGGGUGUGAGGCUCCCCCACCCACCACCACCAUCACCCCCACUACUCCUUCUCCACCACCCCCCUUCCUUACUCCUCCGGCUCCACCACUCCAGUCCCGGUGAUCUGCAAGGACAGCAUAAUAAGCCCUGUCGACGAUGGACGACGUGCUGGUGGACGGUCUCAACCCCAGCAAGGCAGACCGCAAGAAACUUGAGAAGAUCAACAUUCACCUUCACGCGCUCUUUGCGACGGUGGAACACGGGCAGCUGGAGAAGGCAAAGAAUAUCAUCGAACAUAAUCAACUAGACAUUAAUAGCGUUAACAAGGACGGCUCCAACGUGCUGGAGGUGGCAGUGAUGCACAACCACGCCGCCCUGGCCAGGGUCCUCCAGCAGGCGGGAGCCACAGAGAGUAACGCAGGUACUAUUGAACAACGCAUCCACCACCUCAACGAACUGGUAAGCGCGGCUGAGAGGCGGCGAGAGGAUCUCGACUCGAAGCUCUCUGGGGGCGCGCCGCACGGGCGGGAAACAGAGCGCCAACGGGACCUCUGGGACAGACGGGUUAAGAUGCUGCGCAACAUGAAGAUGGGGUUGGAACAAAUGAAGCCACCAGGUCCUCCCAGCAGUGCGACGGUAGAGGUCAUCGACAGCACACGAGUCAGAGUCACAUACAGGGAACCUGAGCCACAAAACUAUGCUAUUACGACAAAAAUCAAAGUUGAAUGGAGCAUGGAUGAAUGGGCAACUAUUGGAGGGAGUCUCGAAAUUCACGACUUGCGUCGUAUGUCUGUAUUCGUGGAUGGUUUAUCACAAGGAAAAAGACAUCAUUUUAGAGUGAGUGCAGGAAACCUGAAGGAUUAUGGCCCCCCUGCAACAACUACCCCUCCAGCUGCAAUACCUUCCAGUUGGCGAGAUGCAGACUCCCAGAAACCUCGGCUAGAUGGACAAGUAAGCGAAUUGGAUAACCUUUUCAACCAAGUUUGUAACUCAAGACCACAGCAUGCAGCAGAAAUUAAAGCAAUAGAACCAGGCCAAGAAACACCGCUCAAUCUUAGAAAAGCACAAAAAAAGAAAAGUAUAAAAAAUCUCUUCACUCCUGCACCAAAAUUUCAUAGAAAUUUAAAAAAGGGUUCGUAUCUAGCAUGCAUUGUAUACUGUGAAGACAAAGUGCUUGUAACAACAGAAGAGUUUCCUCCAGUUGUUGAAGUUGAUGAUGACUAUAUGGGGCAAGCAAGAUCUCAUUUUCAUUGGCUUCUGAAGGUAGCUACAACAUGGGAAGAUGUCAAAUCUCUCAGACAAGACAUGGAUCGAGCAGGGUCAGCUUCUAAUGUACCCUUCAGAAUAAAACUGCUACAAGCUGCAGCCAAUAUGCAGACAACACUUGGCAUCCAAGAUUUGGGUCAGUUUUAUCAUAAGCCCAUUGUUGGCAGUAAUGGAACGCUGGUGUUUUGUACAAUACGACACGUAAAAAGCACAAAAGUCAUAUCGGCUAUGAAUGUUAAAUGGAUUCCACUUUCUAAACUAAAGGAGAAGAAAACUAUAGCUUCAGGGCAAAGUUCAACUCACAGCGACCCAGGAACAUCAGCUGGUGACAUUUUGUUGUCAUCAAUACAAGACCAGAUUUUGUACGAUAAAGUGAGUCGUGUACCCUUACGCAGAGGGCUGUAUUUGGGUUACCUCAAAUUACAAAGUUCUGUGGAUGUUUUGCAGGUGUUAGUGCCAGAGAAAACACCCAAUAUGUUCCCUCAUGUUAAAAUCAGGGACAAUCCACACGUGUCAAGAGAGGAGUGGGAGUGGGUGCAGAGCUUAGAGUUAGCAAGCACAGAGCAAUGGCAUCUAAAUACUGGAGCUGAGGCUGGAGAAAAUGAAAGUGAAAGAAGUUCUCCUCUUCCCAAUGUUCCAUCGCCAGCACAGCAUGUGUGGCAUUCUCAGCUUUGCCAAGCAUCACAGAAGUUAUUAAAGCAAUUGCAGGUUGAAGAUGAUGCUCAGCAGCAACACAGACUUUACUGUAGAGAAGUGUUAGAGUUGAGCUCCGAUGUGGCUCUUCUCCUUGUUAUGCCACCUGUGGAUGCUGUGUGUUCUGCUCCAGGACAGGAAGAUGCACUUUUUUCUCAACCUAAUCUUGCAACCUUGCCUCUCCAAAUAUUUGAAAUGAUACAUAUGGGCACAUACCAAAGGGAGUUAAUUGGAAGAUAUGCUAGACUCUCAUACAUCCUAGAGAUGGAUACACUGAUGGCACAACAUGCCAGUCGAGAGGCCUUCAGUCAGGACGAGAUUAACUGCUCACGGUACCGUCUGUGGCAGCUUCAAACCUUUCAGGAACAACUUGAUGCUACGUGGCGAGGCCUUCGGUGGGUUAUGGAUGCUAUUAGCUAUGCUCGUGAUAAGGCAGCAUCUGGUGCCCCCUUAACGAACUUGCUCUCUUGUUCAUUCCCCUCUACAACACCUCAGCCAGCAGUGCAGCAGUCUACCUCACACAUGCCUGCUUCAACUUCACCUUUACAGGAUACUCAUAGUUCUAGUGAGUCCCUUCAGCAUGGUGCGGAUAGUAAAAGAUUAAGAAAAGAUGAUGACUUAAAUUUUAGUGUAAAAAAGUCAGAAACACCAAGAAUGCUAAAAUCUAAUACCUCAGAAAACAUACGGGCUGCAGUCAAGUGUGAGACAAGGUUUCACAAAUCAAAAACAGCAGAAUGUUUAGUUCAUAGUAGUGGAUGUGUUCAUAGUUGUAUCAAAUCCUAUAACUCUCUAAAUGAUUGUUUAUUAGACAGUGGAGAACAAAAUGAAAAUGUUCCAUUGCUCUCAUGGACACAUGAAAAAAUGGAAUAUAGUGGUGAGAGAAAAAUGUACAGUAAAGACCUACCAACUUCUAGAAGUGAAAAUCAGUUGCAACAUUGUGUAGAUAAUGGUUAUCCCCCUAGAAAGGCCAGUGCUCCUGCAUUUUAUGAUACUCAUGAGGUAUGCCUAAAAUCCCAGUGUUGUACUAGUGAACCAAAAAUAAAUCAGAGCAUUUCAUCAUUAGAGUCUGUAGAACAAGGUAAGAGGAAAAAAAAUAGUGUUGAUCUCGAAUAUGAAGAGACUAUGGCAUGUAGUAAAUCACCGACAAGUAGUUGCUUUGAUUUACACCAUCGUUAUAGUAGCAACCUAAAUGUUGAAAUGCAGAGGGCAGGGAGUAGUCUGAGUCACGAUUCCGAAGCCUCGUUCUCUAGUAUGACAGCUAGUUUGCGGUCCUUGUCUUCAAAUGAAACAGAAACAGACAAUUUAAGUCUCAUGUGCUCAGAGAGUGGGCGAAGUGAAGCAAAGAGUACAGAAGGUGAGGAGUUAGUUGAAGGAGCUGCUCGUAAUGAGGAUUUUACCAUAAUACGGGUGUAUGCUGCAUAUCAGACUGGUAUGGCAUCUGGUACCUCGGUUAAAAUACACAUUACACCCAGAACAACAGCACGAGAAGUGAUAGACUUGGUAGUGAAACAACUUAAUGUAGCUGUUGUGCUAAAAGGAAAAAGUGGCCCUACCUAUGGAAAUGAUAAGCUCAAAGAUUUCUGUUUGGUGGCUGUGAUUGGUAUGCGUGAAAGAUGUUUACGUGAAGACUUUAGGCCACUUCAGCUACAAAACCCAUGGAAGCGGGGCAAACUUUAUGUUCGACUGAAACAAGAUGUUCUGGCUGCUCUUGAGCAGAGUAAUUCACGUCACUCAGCAUACCUGUAAAAUCAACCUUCACUGUACAUUCCACCACAUUAUACAUUAUCAUUCUGUAAUUUCAAAUUAUUUAUAUGUAAGAAUGGAUGGCUAUAUUCCUUCUUCGAGAAAUUUCAAUUCUUGUUAUGUCUACCUUAACCGAAUGCAGUACUGGAAAAUUUUGGAUUCGUACUUGGGUACAACAGUGUUAUUAGUCAUUUAGAUGUUUUGUGCAAUUUUUUUCAGUGCUUUACAAAAACCAAAAGUAUUAAGUUGCUUUCAGGUUCUAAACACUCUUCUCUAUGUGUUACCAAAUUUUUUGGUACCCGUGUACAGCUCCUGCCUCAAUGCAUUAUUGCAACAAGCCUGGGAAUUAAGGGCAUUUGAAGUUAAGCAUAGUUUAUGAAAUAAAACAGCUAUAAGUAACAUUGGGGCUUACUUCAAGUAAGCAUGAAGAAUGUUUCAAUACCCAUGAAACUGACAGUUAAUUUUGAUUUCUUAUAAGGCGGACUAUGUAUGCAUUCACGAUCGAUAAAAUUGGCAGUGUAGUUUGUCGAGGCACAGUCUGUGAACUUUGAUAUAACAAACAGUAUUUCUAGUUAUUAGUGUCACCCCUUUAUUAAGAAAAACUAAAGGAAAUAAGAGAGAAACCCAGUAGAUAUUCACCAUAAAUCUAAAAUAUGUAGUGACUUUAAAGCAACGAUUUGUUAGCCAAAGGAAGGGGUAACUGACUGCACAUCGAUUUAUAUAGUAGCAUUCAGUUCAGGUGGUAAGUUUUUUUUUUUACUUAUUUAAACAUCUAUUUAUGUGACCCCUAGUAUAUAUGAAGUAGUUUUGUUUGUUAAGUGCAUAAACAUAACAUUCCCUGUUGUUGCAAGUUUUAUCCAAGUGUGACAUGUUUCUUGCCUAUCAUAACAUAUUACCAGAAACCUACUUUUUUAUAUAUAUAUACACCAAAUGAAUGUUGCUUCAUUUCUUAAGAGUAAAUGGAGCUGUCAAAUUAUUGAAUUAUUCUGAUACAGUAUCUAAGAUUCUCUUGAGAGUGUUCUUACAGUACUGCCUUUUGUUUAUAGUAUUUUUGUAGUUGCAAGAAUAUAUAAUUUUAUUAUUUUUAUGUAGACUAUAUUCACAACAGAAAAUAUAUUUGAAAUCAAACUGAAGAAUAAUUGUAAUGUUAUGACAUUUUGAGAAAUGAAAUGACGUACAGUAAUUGCUUCCUAUUACUCUUGCUUCCUAUAUGAUGUGUCAUUCAUUAAACAUACCUAAUCAAUCCACAACUUAAAAGAUCAGUAAAAUUAAUUUAUAUAUAUAUAUAUAUAUAUAUAUAUAUAUAUAUAUAUAUAUAUAUAUAUAUAUAUAUAUAUAUAUAUAUAUAUAUAUAUAUAUAUAUAUAUAUAUAUAUAUAUGAUGGCAAAAUACAUUAACAGAAAUCUGGUUUUAUACAAAAUUACAUUAUUGCAAAUAUAAAGCCAACACUUGGUGCAGCAUUGUCAACUGUGCCUUACUUGCAAGAUGUUUGCACUUUCUUCUAAUAAUUACUUUCUUCCAUGAUCAGACCUCAUUCUUGAGCAAAUAAUAGACAAAAAUUUAAUUAUUUGGCAAAGGCAUUAAAUUAAGAUUUACUUGAAUAACUUAUACUCUACUUUGUUAUACAAAA